AUGAAAAUACCAUUGAAUUCUGCAGUUUUCUUAGGAACUCGUCUUACCGUUAAGAAUAUUAUUAGUGGUAGCGGUUUUCACUUACUAUCAGUAGAAAUAUUAAAAUGUGAAUUUGCUUAUGCUAAAGCUCCCGAGAAAAAAUUUAAAGCAGAUGAAGCUGCAAAACAAUUUAAUGCGGAAAUAUUAAGAUUACUAGUAAGGAACUGUAUUUUAAAUCCUAUAGUAUUAGCUUGGACAGGACUCAAAACUUAUAUUCGUGACAAUAAUACUUCAUUCAAAUUAACAGAUGUAAAUGAUUCAGCAUUACAAUGGAUAGCACCUUGUGAUUCCAAAGCAGCAACAGAUAUUAUUAAACAUACAUAA